UCAACUCAUUUCAUGUACAUAAUGUACAAAACUCACUGUUUGAAUUGCAUUUCUCAUUUUUUUUUCUAUUUUUAAUUUUUGCAAAACCUGAUGAAUAUGGUUAUACUUGUCUAAAAUCUUUCUUUUCUAGCUCAAAUGAAAAGGUUUGAUGUGUUUUAUGCUUUAAUAAUGUGAUAUGUCAUCACUAAAGGGACCAUUGUCUAAAGAUAGUAUCCAGUGUUUAUCUGGUGUCCACAGCUGUUUACUCUCUCACUUUUUUUAUGAAGCGUGGCUAUAAGAGUUGGUGUCAAAGUGGGCGAGCUGACAGCACAAGUCAGUUUAGCAGCAGCAGAGGGAAAAUGGUUGGACACAUUUUCUCUACUCUCUUACUCCUCUGUUCUCUCAGCCAUUUCUUUUAUACAACUGGAGGGACGUAUUUUGCGCCAAAGAACCAGUCCUGGAGCAACCAGAACCUCUCCUCUGUCCCUCUGGAUUUGGACACGAGGCUCAGAAGACUCGAUCUGUCAAAUAACUUCAUCAGACAGCUGCGCACACUCGCUUUGCCGAACCUGAAGCAGCUGGACCUGAGCGGCAAUCAGCUGGAUCUCAUCUCYGAAGGCGCGUUCGAAAACCUGGCUCACCUCGAACACCUGAACCUGUCCAGGAAUCGACUGAGCGUCCACCUUGGCAGYAACAGCAAAGCCCUCGAAUCCCUCGGCAGGCUGAGGAGUUUAGACCUAUCAAAGAACGGUUUGAGAGACGACGAAGUAGAACUGUUACUUAAAAACAAGUUUUCUCUUGAUCAUCUCAAGAUGACCGGUAACUCCUUGACGAGGCUUUCGCACCACUUAUUCAGGGACAGUAGACUUUUAAGAGCCCUCGCUAUUGACGAAAACCUGGUAUCGGAGAUAGCAGAGGGGACAUUUGAACAGCUGAGCCAGUUAGAAACCCUGAAUUUGGCUAAAAAUAGCCUUGCACACAUUUGUGAUUUUAAGCUCCGACAAGUUAAACAUUUGAAUCUCAGCAGAAACUCUGUGGAGUUUUUUGUCACAAGUGAAGACGACCAGAUGUAUAGCCUCGAAAUUCUUGAUCUGAGCCACAACAAGCUUCUUUACUUCCCAAUAGUUCCCAAAAUGAACCGAUUAAAGUUUCUACACCUGCAGAAUAACAUGCUUGGUAGUUUAAAUUCAGAGGCUGGGAUGGUUUYGGAGACUAACGCUCUUUAUGAGGAGAUCGUAAAUGAGAGAAUGGUUAUAAAAAAUCAGCUCCAUGCAAACUGGAGGCUGAUGCCACUAGUUUAUAUUGACCUGAGCUUCAAUCAAUUCACAACUUUCCCUCUUGAGACUCUGAGCCUGCCUCCGUUUUUAGAAACGCUGACUUUUAGCUACAACUGUUUACAAAGCAUAGAGUGGAACGUAAGACGUUUUAACUCAGGAAACACUCGUCAGCUGUUUUUUCACUCUUUAAAGCACCUUGACCUGCAAAGCAACGGCCUUUUGUACAUAUCCCCCUUCUUCCUCAAGGCGCUCACGCACGUUGAAACGUUGAACCUGCAGGACAAUUUUGUGCAACCUUGCACUUACGACAACAAUUUUGAUAGCCCCCCUUCUGCAUGGCAAAUCAAUCUCACAUCCUGUGCAACAUUUGGGCAGCUGAAGACACUUAAACAGCUCAAUCUUAGAGAAAACAGCAUAAAAAUACUUCCUUUCAACGCUUUUCAGGGAACUUCUUUGAUUUCUCUUGACCUUUCCAAAAACCCACUCGUGGUAAUGCCUGAGAGGGUACUGGAAGGGGUGCAAACAACCCUCCAGUCUUUGACCAUCAGCGAGACAAACAUGAGCAGCUCCCAUUUGUCUUUACCCUGCAUGCCGGCAUUAACGGAGCUGAACCUAUCGAACAACAACCUUGACCGGUUACCCAGCGGUUUAGGCUGCUCUCCUCUCCGACUCAUAGACAUAAGAAACAACACUUUUAGGACUUUAAACCAUUCACUGCUCCAGACUUUAUCCGCAAACCUCACGACGAUGUUUAUCAGUGGAAAUCUGUUCAACUGCUGUGACAGCACAUGGAUGACCGUCCUAAACGAGACGAACGUUACGAUGCCUGACAUCGGUGAGGCUGGCUGCUUUACCCGUGUGACAGGCUUGAUGAUGACAGAAUACCUGAAAAGCCCUUUACUUCAUUGUUUGUUUCAUUCAGAGGCACAGGGUGUUCAAUUUGUGCAAGCAGUCACAACUAUUUUAUUCAUAAUUGUGUUACUGGCGGGGCUGAUUGGGUUCAGUCGGAAGGUGUGUUGUGCACGAGGAUCUUGUAUAGUAUGACAUUUAAAGCCUGUUUUUACAGUUUUAUUUUGCACAAUCUACACAAGAUUUGCAUAUGGGUUGCAUUAAAGGCCAUAAACCACAUGUACGCUGGAAGGAAAUUGGAGAAUCAACCAGAGUUCCUGAAGAUAACUCCAGGGAGUUUAACUCGACAUGAUCCAGUUUCUCAUCAGCUUGAUGUCCAUAAAAAACAAAUUUCCCUUUUGAUAAAAUACGGAAAGAACUUCCUGUAUUUUUGGCUCGUGAUUCAACUCUCACCCUGAUUAAACUUUCUUA